AUUAUAAAAUGAAGGAAAGCCUUUCUGUUCUAGUAGCAAGAGAAUUCAGCAUCCAUGUCUUCUCUUCCCAGCUGACACUCUGCAGGCUCCGGACUCACCAGUGGUGCUUCAUUCUCUUUAAUGUCUUGCUUUUCCAUGUGCUGCUUUUUGGAGCAGAUUUACUGGAGGAAUACUUCCUGCACUCAUUACCUCUUUCUUACACUGAUGCAAAGGCUCUUGAAAUAAGGGAGAGGGCCAGGAAGCUAGAUCUGGAUCCCUUAAAGGCCAAUCUGUCUCACACUGUCAGCAGUGAAGCAACAUGCCCUGACCAAGAGAUAUUUUUGCUCGUUCUUGUCUGCAGUAGCCCAGAAAACAGGACAUGGCGCAACGUGAUCAGGCAGACAUGGGGCAAUGUGACAGACGCCAGAGGUUAUGCUGUCCUUACUCUGUUUGCUUUAGGAAAGUCAGCUUUGGUAACCACCCAGCUGGAGAUCAAUGAAGAGUCUCAAAAGCACAGAGACAUUAUUGAAGGCAGCUUCAUCGAUUCUCCUGAGACGCAAACAGAGAAGAUAUUGAUGAGCAUAGAGUGGACAGUGACUUUCUGUCCCCACGCAAGGUAUAUUCUUAAAACAGAUGAAGACAUGUUUCUCGGUAUUCCAAGCCUGGUUGGAUACUUGCUUAGCUUAACGCAGCUAGAGGAUGUUUACAUCGGGAGGGUCAUUCACCAAGGAGAGCCUGACAGAGACCCCGAGAGCCCUGGCUUUGUUCCCCUCCAUCAAUACUCAGAAGAGUUUUACCCAGAUUACUGCGACGGGAGUGCUUUCGUCAUGUCCCAGGAUGUCGCUCGCAAGGUGUACGUGGCCGCCAAGGAGCUGCUGGUUUCAGUGCCCCCCGAUAUCUUUGUUGGAAUCUGUGCUAAAAAAGCUGGUAUCACUCCCAUUCACAGCUCUCGGUUUUCUGGGGAAAAGCACAUCAGCUACAAUCGAUGCUGCUAUAAAUUCAUUUUCACCUCUUCCAACAUGAAAGAGGACGAGUUAUAUAAAGACUGGAGAGAAACAAGCGAUGGGAAAGAUUGCUCAUUACUGGAAACUUACUACAGUCUGGUGUCCUGCAGGGUUUUGACCUACAUUGAUAAGUUCAAACAGCUUAAUUUUGAUAGAAUUAAAAAUGAGGUUCUUCAUUUCGUCAAUUAAGAUUUAACUUCUGUGAAGAAAGCCUCAAUUUUCCUUUACCAGCCGUUCUCUCCUGCUCACACUCAGUAGUAACAACUGCCUCAGUCAGUCUCUUCCCUUCAACAGCAAAUCAAUUCUCAAUGCUACAGUUGUUUCAGCCGCAAGAGAACUGGAUGUA